CUACUUGCUUUUCAGUUUCUAUCCAUUCCUAUAUCUCUCCCAACUUUCUUCUCAGAUUCUCUCUCCUCUACCCCUCUCUCUCUCUCUCUCUAUAGCUUUUCUUUGUGUAGGAUUCUCUGUCAUCCACAAAUGGUUCUAACAAUGCGUAGCCACAGAUUGUUCAAGUUCAGGAGCCCAGUAGUUUUAUCGCUUAUGCCCCUCUCUACAUUAAAUUUUCUCUCUCUCUCUAAAAAUUAAAAGAUUCCCAAUUGAAAAAAUCGAAACUUUUUUCCAUCUCUGUCGCUCUCAAGAGGAACAGACAGUUGCACAAACACAUUCUCGUUCUUAUCUUCUCAAAUCAAAUCAAAUCAAAUUACUCUUCAAUUUAAAUCCUUGUCCGUAACAAUCACGAAAGAUAGUGGAAAUGGCUUGGAUCAUGCUGAGGAUCCAUUACUCUCGACAGUUCUGGCUCUUGUUCGGUGUUUUCUCCUUUGAAAAUCAUGAAGGAAAGCAUCGGAUCUAACCCUGCAAGCUUCUAACCCUUCUUCCAGUCUCAAUUCCCUCAAUCCCCUUCUCAAAAUCUAAAAAUUUGUGCUUUUCUAUUUUCCUAUCUUGGCCGGAGAACUCGAUUCCGGCCAAGAAAUGACGAAUUUGUAUAAAUCUCGAGUUGCAGAGCGUGUUGGAGGAGCUGUGUCUGACACUGGCUACGUUGAAAUCGAUCCAAAAGGCCGAUAUGGACGUUUCAAAGAAGUUCUUGGGAAAGGAGCCAUGAAGACAGUGUACAAGGCAUUCGAUGAGGUUCUAGGAAUGGAAGUAGCAUGGAGCCAAGCAAAGGUCAACGAUGUCUUCCGAUCUCCAGAAGAAGUGGAGAGGCUCUACUCAGAGGUGCACCUCCUCAGUACUCUCAGACACGACUCCAUCAUCCAAUACUUCACUUCUUGGAUUAACGUAGAGCAGAGAUCCUUCAACUUCAUCACAGAAAUGUUCACCUCAGGCACACUCAGAGAGUAUAGACAGAGGUACAAGAGUGUGAACAUCCUAGCUGUAAAGAACUGGGCCCGCCAGAUCCUCCGUGGACUUGUUUUUUUGCAUGGCCAUGACCCUCCGGUGAUACAUAGAGACCUCAAGUGUGACAAUAUCUUUGUCAACGGCCACCUGGGACAAGUCAAGAUUGGUGAUCUUGGGUUAGCAGCUAUUCUUCGUGGGUCCCAGCCGGCACAUAGCGUCAUAGGAACACCGGAGUUCAUGGCACCGGAACUUUAUGAAGAGGAGUACAAUGAGCUCGUCGACAUCUAUUCCUUUGGCAUGUGUGUUUUGGAAAUGCUUACAGGGGAGUAUCCCUAUAGCGAGUGUUCCAACCCGGCCCAAAUCUACAAGAAAGUGACUUCGGGAAAGCUACCGGAGGCAUUCUACCGGAUCGAUGACAAGGAAGCCCAACGUUUUAUUGGCAACUGCUUGGUGUCUGCCUCGAAGAGGUUACCUGCCAAAGAACUCCUAAGGGAUGUCUUCCUUGCGUCAGACCAAGAAGAGGCUUUGCCCGUUCCCGUUCCCGUUCCUGUGCCACUUCUAAAGGAUGACAUCCUUAGCCACACGGAGGAAGAAGAAGAAGAUAAUGAUGAUGAUGAUGAUGGUAAUGAUGAUGAGGUAGCGAUGCCAGUUGAACCAAUAAAACGUACAGACAUUACAAUCAAGGGGAAUAUGAAUACUGAAGAUGAUACCAUCUUUCUUAAAGUGCAAAUCGUAGAUAAGGAUGGUUGUGCAAGGAAUAUAUUUUUUCCUUUUGACAUUGUAAACGAUACUCCCUUGGAUGUUGCAACUGAGAUGGUUAAGGAAUUGGAGAUAAUUGAUAGAGACCCAUCUGAGAUUGCUGAGGUGAUUGAGGAGGAGAUCUCAGCUCUGGUGCCAAAAUGGAACCCACACCAAGACCAUGCUCAACACACCUUCAACUACCAUGAUGAUGAAGAUGGUGAUGGACCACCCCAUCAUCCCUUCUACUCCUCUUCCUCUGCUUCUUCUUCCCAAGCUUCUCUGUCAGGGCUUAUCACUUCCACCCACAACUCUCAUGCAGAUGAUGUAGUUUAUAGCAAUGAUUGGCUUCCAGGAGAGUUUGGGUUUGAUGAUGAUACCAGCUCUCAAAGCUCAGCACAUUCCGGCAAAUACUCCAACCUGAAUUACAAUUCCGGCAACGACAUCCAUGAUUUUGAUAUACGUCCCAGAAGAAAGGAACACCAACACCACCACCUCCCCCACCCCAGUGUAGCAGCAACUCACAAGUCCACAAGAUUCUGUCCUGAAGAGAACUCAAGAAGAAGCCAUCGCAGUGGUACAAACUCCUGUAAUCGAGGCCCUAAUUCCUGUGAUCGAAGAACACUGGAUUCACGGUAUAUGAUCGAUGUACGGAGCCAGUUACUGCAUCGAUCAUUGGUGGAGGAACUGAACAAACGGCGGUUGUUCAAGACCAUUGGAGCUGUGGAGAACAUAGGAUUUCAACAACCCUUUGGAUCUUCCAGCAAGGCCUCAAGAGGUAAGCGUUCAUAAUUUCAUACUGAGGCCUGAGGGAACUGAGACUCAUAAAAUUUGGAGUAAAAAUAAGAGUGUGGAAGUGAUCAGGGAUAUAAUUAAGAUGUACAUAUUACAAGAAUGGUUUGCUACAUGGAUGAAAGUAUUCUGCACCAGCCAUGAACCUAUGGCUAAUCUGGUUACUGUUAA